AUGAAGGGUGCAUUAUCACUCUUGCCGCGACUUAAGCUUCCCACUCCUAGCCUACGUGUCGUCAAGGUUGUAUCCGCCGAUGCUGUACAAUCACUGCCUGCGGUGCUCUUGGGCACCCUGCUCAACAUUCUGGACGGCAUUUCUUAUGGCAUGAUUAUAUUUCCUGCCUCAGGUGUGUUUUCCAACCUCGGAGGCAUUGGCGUCUCCAUGUUCUUCCUCUCUGCUAUUAUAUCCCAAUUGGUAUACUCGGCCGGCGGCAGUGGCUUCGCGGGUGCAAAUGGCAGUAUGAUGAUAGAAGUUGUGCCCUUCUUCCACAUACUGGCGAAUAGCAUCGCUGCGGACAUUGGCGAGGACAGGCCACAUGAGGUGUUAGCGACGACGAUCGUCGCAUUCGCUCUUUCAUCUGUUCUUACAGGGCUCACUUUCUUUCUCCUCGGCGCAUUACGAUUAGGCGCCCUGAUCGGGUUCUUCCCGCGACACAUCUUGGUUGGAUGUAUCGGUGGUGUCGGCGUAUUCCUAGUGAUCACAGGAUUCACCGUUAGCACGCGUAUGCCAGAUGACGACUUCGACCUGACCUUGUCCACGUUCAAGUUCAUCUUCCUCAAUGCUCACAAUCUAGGGCUAUGGGUCCCUUCCUUCGGCCUGGCCGCAUUGCUACGUGUGGUCACCCACAAAUAUGACCAUCAGCUCAUAUUCCCUAUGUACUUUUUGACCAUACCCAUCAUUUUCUAUAUUGUUGUAGCUGCUGCCCACCUCGAUCUGGGUACAUUGCGGCGAGAAGGAUGGCUAUUUGAUAUGGGCACCUCACGGGAACCUUGGUAUCAAUUCUACAAGCUGUUUGACUUCAAGGCCACUCGGUGGGAUGCUUUGUGGGCAACACUGCCUACGCAGUUUGCACUGCUCUUCUUCAACAUCCUUCACCCGCCAUUGAAUGUUCCCGCCUUAGCGGUUUCUUUGAACCAUGAUGUCGAUACGGACAAGGAGCUGGUGUCGCAUGGGUAUUCUAACCUUCUAGCUGGCGCAUUGGGUACCGUACCUAACUACCUAGUCUACGUGAACACCGUACUAUUCUAUCGUGUCGGUGGGACAACACGAGUCUCGGGUUUCCUCCUUGCUGGUGCGACAGCUGUCUUGCUCUUCAUUGGGACAGGUCCCAUUGCUUUCAUCCCGGUAAUGGUGGUGGGUGCCCUCAUCUUUGUGCUGGGUUUUGACCUAGUGAAAGAGGCAUUAUGGGACACAAGACAUAGAGUCAGCCGGAUGGAGUAUGUCACGAUUGCCAGCAUCAUGAUCUGCAUGACCGUAUGGGACUUCGUGAUCGGCGUCCUGUUUGGAAUUGUUGUUAGCUGUAUCUUCUUCGUUGUGCAGAGUUCUCAGCGGCGGAGCAUCCGUUCGCUGCAUUCUGGGGAAACUGUCAUGUCGACUGUACGCAGACCGGGAGCACACCGAGCGUACAUUCGUGAAGUAUCGAAGCAGACCACCAUUCUCAGGUUACAAGGAUUCUUGUUCUUCGGCACAAUCACAUACGUCGAAGAGACUAUUCGAACACUAGUGGAAGUCCCCGCUUGGCAACGCAACCCAAUGCGGUUUUUGCUGCUCGAUCUAUCGCUCGUCGCAGGCGUAGAUAUGUCUGCUGCCGAGGCAUUUGUCCGCAUCCAACGGCUUUUGGCCGCGAAACGCGUUGUGCUAGUCUUUUGUGGCUUCUCAAUGGAGUCCACUAUAGGCAAGUCGCUCCAUAAUGUUGGUUUGCUUGACAUGGAAGGUGUCGAGCUGUUCUCCACGUUCAACGAUGCUCUGGAGUGGACGGAGAACAUAUACCUGAGGGCUUGGUUUGACUCACAGAAAACGGAGCCACGCUCAGUUGUGCUGUCCGGACGACAAGACUUAACUCCAUUUCAAGAAUCUGUGUCUGGAACGCCAAGAAAGUCUUUGAUUGUCGAUGCCGGCUGGCGGACAAUUGCUCGAGAUCACUCUCCUCCUAUCGCGGAUGUCGGGGACACUGAAGAACCGUACAGAACCCUAGUCAAAGCAUUUUCGUCAUAUGGUCCUGUGGAUCGGCAACAGUUCUCUGCGCUCGUUCCCUAUUUAGAGAGGGUAUCCCUCCCCGCGGGUGCAAUACUCUGGCUCCAAGGGGACGACCCGGACGGACUCUACAUAGUCGAAUCUGGGGUCUUAAGAGCCACUUACCGCUUCAACGAACAUACGCCACCCACAGAAGAAUCGAUGGUUCCCGGCACACUUGCGGGCGAAUUGUCUGCUUUGUCGGGACUCUCUCGCAAUGCAACGUGCGUCGUAGAACGUCCAGCAGUCCUAUGGAAACUCUGCGUCGACAAACUGCGUCGUCUCGAAUCUGAACGGCCACAAUUGGCAAGAGAGUUCACGCAACUCGUCCUGAAAGCUGCCAAGCUGGACUACGACAUACUGCUUUCGGCGCUAGCCACUCGCCAAUGAUGACCACAUUCCUUCCAUAGACUCUGCAACAUAAACGAUAACGUAGUAGCAACUCUGUAGCGAUACCAAUAGACUUGUCUCAUGGCACUCAACGUUGACGUCAUUUCCUUUCUUGA